CGAAGGUUAUGUGAAUAAAUAAAACCUAUAAGUGGAUAUUUUAUCAGGAGUUCGAGAAUUAGAAAAUGCCGCUGGUGCGAUUAAAGGCGAAACCGAAAAUCAACCCUCGACGUGACGGCGCUUCGGAAAAUCGAAACGUAACUAUUAAAUUAGAGAAUAAAACAGAACCGCAAAAUGAAAAUAGGCAAGAUACAUCAGCCCUUCAGCCGGAAAAUUUAGGAAAAGUUGUUAAAAAUGAAGGCGGUGCUGUUAAACAAAUCCAAAUUAUAUCAAAUACUGUCAUAAAGGAUGCCCAUGGGGCUGUGGGUGAACUAAACCAAUCCAAUCAAAUAUCUACAAAGCAGAGCUCAGAGCCUAGUGGGGCGAUAUCUCAAGUUAAGGAUGGAAAUAAUAUCGCGGAAAAAUUGCAGAAAGACGAAGCGGAACUAAUUGUAGGCAAGACACAAGUGGGCACGGCAAACUUGGGAGUUGGCAAUGUUUCAAUAGAGUAUCCUCCUCCGCCUCCGAGUCCUAGUAAGAUCAAUAGGGAUAGGAUAAAAGCCGUUCCAAGAUUUAGUGAAUUGGAUGAAUCUAGGCAACAUGGAAGGAUAAGAAAUGUUUCUAUUUGCUCCGUGGCAUCUACUACAGAUGGGUCAGAAAAUAUUUCGUCAAAAGAUAUAACGCCCAUGAUUCAGAAGAAAGUUAACCGCACAGAACAGUCAAGGAAGUUAGCAGAAGCUAAAAAAGAAUUUCAGAAACGUUUUGGAGCAGGCAAUCCAGACAAACAAAAGUUAAGAAUGAUUGAUUUAAUUUUCUUCAAUCCCAGUACCAACCCUAUGAAGCAAACAGAAAAAGAAUUAGAUAAGAAUAAACCUAAUGAAAAAAUAAACAGUGAGGAAAAAGAUGGGGAUGAUGCAAGCCAACAAACUGAAGAAGACCCUGCAGUUCCUGAUGAAGAUAAUAGCAUGCCUGUGCCUCAAAUAAAAAUAGGUCCCUCCGGUGAAAUUAUCUUAGACGAACAAAGCCUUCUGAUCGAAAAUGAGGAGAUUAAAAAGCAAAAGGAGCAUAUGCAACAUUCGGCAUUGGUUGAUGGAGAUUUUCCCUCUGGUUACGGUAUAUAUAAAAGGGCGGAACGGUCCAAGGACUGGAGUCAAAGAGAGACGUUGAGUUUCUACAAGGCACUUAAUGUCAUAGGGACAGAUUUUACUCUAAUGGCGGAACUGUUUCCCAAAAGAACGAGACGAGAAUUGAAAAUGAAAUUUAAGAAAGAGGAGAAAUUAAAUAGGCAUUUAAUAGAUAAGGCGGUCACACAGCCCUGCAGUUAUAACUACUCAGAAUUGCAAUUGGAAUUUGGGAUUUUACAAAAGGAGGAAGAAGAGCUUAAGAAGAUUAAGGAGGAAGAAGCGAAAGCUAGGCUAGAUAAGAGAAGUGAAAUGAAACAAAAUAAAAAAUGUUUUAGGUGCAAAGAAGAACAUCCCUAUAAUAAAUGUGCCAUCAAAUAUAAACAAUUUCUCCCUGAUCCUCCUGUAAGGGAUGAAUCAUCACAAGACAGCUUAGAUUUACGAGAACAACCAAAACCUAGAAAGACUUAUAAGCGUAGACGUGUGGCAAAAGUGCCUAAACAGUCUUACAAUUCUGAGGAAGAUUCAGUGGAGGAAGAAUCUGAUGAAAGUCGGGUUUCAGAUAGUGAUGAUUCAAAAGGAAAGAAAAAAAUCAAACUCGAACAUGGUGAUGUAAGUGUGAGUGAAAAUGCGGGAAGUGAGUCGGAGGAUGAAACAAUAGCACCCAUAUUGCUACCAACCAGGUCGGGAAGGAUCCCUAAAAGUACCCAGAAGUUUGAGCAUGAGCACUUGGUAGUGAUCUCGACUAACGCCCAGAGGAGAAGGUCACCUAGCGUAGAUUCAAUAAAAUCUGAUAAAGCUGUUCCAGGUUCGGUGAUGAUUGUUACAGAAGAUGCUCCCGAUGGAAACUCCGUGUUUAAAUCGUUUAUGGUGACUCCCGAUGGUGGUCUGACUUCUUUGGAAUUGGAAUCCGCUGUGAUCUCGAGGGUUAUUGACUACAAAAAAUCGGUGGAAGAAGAAUCCUCUGGUGCAAUAGAAGAGUGUAACCUAACAAUUCCCGCCGAUGGUGACGUGACAAGUUUAAGAAGUCUGCCUGCGUGAUAAUUGAUUAGUCACAUCUGAAACAAAAUUGUUUGCAAACUUUACAUAUGUAUGUUAAUCGGGUGAUAAGUAAAGAAAUAAUUGUGUUA